AUGGAGGUACUGCAAGAAGAUGAAGAGUACAACUGGAGAGAGGUGAAGCUGCCUUCGUUGAUUCCAAUAGUACCCGAACCAGAACUGGAAAGAGAGACUGGGGAGAGAAGGAGAGGCAGAGACAUACUGAUAGCUAUUGAUCAUGGACCUAAUAGCAAGCAUGCUUUUGACUGGGCUUUGAUUCACCUUUGCAGACUAGCUGAUACCAUCCAUCUUGUCCAUGCUGUUUCCAGUGUGCAAAAUACUAUUGUUUAUGAGACAAGCCAGCAACUCAUGGAGAAGCUUGCUGUGGAGGCUUUGCAGGUUGCCAUGGUGAGUGCUGUGGCUCGGAUCGUAGAAGGGGAUGCUGGUAAGAUAAUUUGCAAGGAAGCAGAAAGGUUAAAGCCUGCAGCUGUGGUGAUGGGUACCAGAGGCAGAAGCUUAGUUCAGAGUGUACUUCAGGGUAGUGUGAGUGAAUAUUGCUUCCACCAUUGUAAAGCAGCACCAGUUAUAAUUGUUCCCGGGAAAGGUGCUAACUUCAAAUGA